UCAAUUUCUCCUCUCAUUUACUCUGUCUAUUUCUCUAUAUAAACACUCAUAUGUAACAACUCUAGUGGGAGCUUUAGCAGAAGAAAGACAAAUUCUGUGGAACUCUCUUGAACAAUAUCGGUCAUGACGAGAGUUUCUCUAAGAUCUGUUGUAGCUCUCACGCUCUACACUCUCUUCACUUCCCACAUUUCAGUUUUGGUCUCUGCCACUACUAUAACAUUCUACAACAAAUGCUCUCAUCCAGUUUGGCCUGGCAUUCAGCCUAGCGCUGGUAAGCCCUUGUUGGCUCGUGGAGGCUUCAAGCUCCCACCCAACAAGUCCUACAAUCUUCAACUUCCAGCCCUUUGGUCUGGUCGUUUCUGGGGCCGCCAUGGCUGUGCUUUUGAUGCAUCUGGAAGAGGAAAGUGUGCUACAGGAGAUUGUGGAGGUUCCCUCUUUUGCAAUGGCAUUGGAGGUACUCCACCAGCCACUCUUGCUGAGAUAACACUUGGAAAUGACCAAGAUUUCUAUGAUGUGAGCCUUGUUGAUGGCUACAAUUUGGCUAUUUCCAUUACCCCAUCUAAAGGCUCAGGGAAAUGUAGUUAUGCUGGCUGUGUGAGUGACCUUAACAUGAUGUGUCCUGUGGGCUUACAAGUUAGAUCUCAUGAUAAUAGAAGAGUUGUGGCUUGCAAAAGUGCUUGCUUUGCUUUCAAUUCUCCAAGGUAUUGCUGCACUGGUAGAUUUGGGAAUCCACAAUCUUGCAAGCCAACUGCUUAUUCAAAGAUCUUCAAGACUGCUUGUCCCAAGGCUUACUCUUAUGCUUAUGAUGAUCCCACUAGCAUUGCAACUUGCACUGGUGGAAAUUAUUUGGUCACUUUUUGCCCUCAUCACGGUUAGCAAUUAAAAAAGGAAAAAGUUGUAGUCUCUAAAAUAUAAUACUUUUGAUAGGAGUUUGUUUAUGGAGUCUGUAGUGGCUUUUACUAAUGCACUUAUAUUGAUGACAUCUUUCCUUUUUCUCUCUUUUUCUUUAUGAUGGUAGAGAAUUAAUUGGUUUUUGGCUGUUGGGGGUUUUAUAUUUAAUUGGUGGUUGUGGUUAUUGUAGCAAUGGGUGAACUAUAAGAUAAAUUAUGUGUUUAAAAGAGAUCCAAGAGGCUAAGUAGCUUGCUCCCAUUGCUAAUAUGCAAAUGACAGUAACAUAUGAGAUGUGUUGUGGCAGUAUGACUGGAUUUCUGUUGUGUUCCUUUGGCCACUUGAUAAGGUGAAAAGCGUUGCCAGCCGGGUUAGAUAUCCAAUGGCAUCCCUUGUUUUCACACCGGGGGGAUGUUUAGCUAUUAGGUAAUGAAUUUGUAAUGUAAUUUAACCAAAAAACCUACGUUCAUCAAUAUGAUAUUAUCAAAAUUGCAGUUUGAA